UCAAGGCUAAAUGUUCAUGCUGACUUUAUACAUCAUAACUCUGAACUUGUAAAGAUUUAAGAAGCAAAUGGAGAAAUUACCAGAGUGUCAUGCAGAAGAAUGAACCAAUGUGGCUACUUACUUACAUAAAGGUUUUAAUGUCAACAUCUGUGAUGAGCAUUAUCAACUAAAUCACAAAGAGAGUUGAGUCAAACUUGAAAAUAUUGGUGAACCAGAUGGAAUCAAAGAAGCCCUUGAAGUUAUCCAAACAUGUAUUAAGAAUUUUCGAGUAGUCUUGGAUUCUGAUAAUGACAAAGAAACCCAAGAAGAAACUAUACGCUUUCUUGCUGAGAUUCAGACUCAAAUCCAAGAGAUAUUUAAAGAGAUAGAAAAGGGUGAUGGAGGUCAAGAAUUCUUAGAUAUUCAUGAUAUCAAUAAUAAAGUGAGAGAUAUCUUCUUGAAGUUGAGAAGUGAAGAAGGCUUUAAGCAGUUCUGAGUAAUCAACUACAUUCACCUUAUGGGAGAUUACCUUGGCAUUAACAAAAGCAAAACCAAUCGAAUCAUAGGAAUUACCGGAAUAUAAAAUCCGAAAUGGAAAUAGAUUUAAGAUUAUUAGAUAACAAGAAUACCAAAAGCUAUAAAGAACUGGAGAAAGAACUUGUUGAGUUGAAACAGAGAGCCAUAUCAUUGAUAGAUCCAUCAACACUACAGGGACUUGAGAAAUACUACAAAUUGGUAACUAAUAAGAGCCAGAAUAUUGCAAGUACCAAAAAACUUAUACUUGAAUUUGAUAACGAAAAGGACAUUGAAUUUGUUAAAAAUUUCGGAGGCAAUAUUGUUCCAAAUCUUGAAAACUUAGAAAUUGAUAAAAUACUAGAAAACUUGGAAGUUGCAAAAGAAUUUCUAUUUUCUUCUUUUCCUCAAUCAGUUGAGAAUUUUCAUUUAAAUUUCAAAGGAAGAAUGCACAAUUGCGAUGAAAUUAUUGACGUUCUCUGAUAUUUGAAUCCUAGAAUAAUGAGAAGUUUACAUAUUUACCGCUUUGAAUUAAGUCAAAUCCAAAUGAAGAAAAUAUUUCAAAUUACCAAACAGAUCCAAACUUAUAUUGGAUUUCGAUGUUGUAAACUUGAACUAGAUACGAUCCCUGAUUUUGGAAACUCUCUUGAUGGAUUAAUCAUUAGAAUUCUUAGUUUUAAUUAUUGAGGUAAACCAGAAUACUCAGAUUGGAAGAAUCACCUAGAAAGAUUUACCAACUUAGUUAAAGGACUUUCAAAAUCUUCACAUUUCAAACAAAAAAUCAAGGGAAUCGAACUAUUGGAUUGAGGAAUGACUAAAAUACAUGUCAGACAAAUCCUAAACCUCACCGGCUUCCAAAACCUACAAAUAAAUUCUCACUCUAUCUAAUCAUUCACUAAUUCUUCCUAUUCUUCCUUAUCUC